ACCCAAUCAGCCACUCCUACCCCUCUACCCCACCUUCCAGCUAAAAUGAAUUAAACAACUCAAAAACCCUACGCACUUUCACUUUUUAGAAUCACAAAGAUCAAAGCUUUGCUCUAAACCUCAAACACCCACAUCCUAAAGCUUGAAGAAGAGAGAGAAAGGAAGAAAGAACAAAGCUGGUUUAUUAUACUUAUGAAAAAUGGGGAUUUAUACAUCUUUUAAAGAUCAUCCCCAUUCUCUUCGAAGAAAACUGUUGCCUUAUGCUUUGUAUGCUCUGCUCUUGAUUGCCUUUAUUCACUUAUUCUUCUUCCCUACACCAACCGCCCUCCCAUCCACCACCACCACCACCACCACCACCGUCGAUCAUACUCUCAUCCCCAAAUCUCCUCCUCCUCCUCCUCCUUCCGAAGUUUUUGUAGAAACAGAGGAAAACAGCAAUGGCUGUGACUACACAGAUGGAAAAUGGGUUCAUGACAAUACGGGUCCAUUGUACAACUCUACUGCAUGUGGUACAAUCAAAGACGGUCAAAACUGUUUCAGCCAUGGCAGACCAGAUAUGGGGUAUCUUUUUUGGAGAUGGAAGCCGAACAAGUGUCAUCUCCCCAGGUUUGACCCCAAUACUUUCCUCCACUUAACCAGAGACAAACACGUGGCAUUUGUAGGCGACUCCAUUGCUAGGAACCAGUUGGAGUCUCUCCUUUGUUUGCUUGCCACUGUCUCACCUCCUAACCUUAUUUUCUCCGAACAAGACAACAAGUUUCGAAAAUGGCAUUUUGCUUCGCACAAUGUUAGUCUUUCUGUUUACUGGUCGCCAUUUCUUGUAAAGGGUAUUGAGAAAUCAGAAGAAACCCCUUACAAUCGACUCUAUUUGGAUUCCAUUAACGAUGUUUGGGCUAAAGAUUUGGGGGAAAUAGAUAUGGUUGUGUUGUCGAUUGGUCAUUGGUACCUUCAUCCUGCGGUUUUUCACUAUGGUGAUUCGAUAUUAGGUUGUCAUUAUUGUAAUGACAAAAAUCAUACCGAGGUUGGGUUCUAUGAUGUUUUUGGGAUGGCAUUCAACACUACCCUAAAAAUGUUGGUUGAUAGGCGAAUUGAUGUGAUUGUAACAACGUUUUCACCUGCCCAUUUUGAAGGUGAUUGGGAUUCAUUAGAUUCGUGUUCAAAGACAAAACCUUUUGAAGAAAAUGAAAGGGUAUUAGAUGGAAUGGAUUAUGAGAUGAGAAACAAAGAGGUUGAAGAAGUGAAGGCAGCAAAGAAAAUUGCUAAAAAUUCAAAAGAUUUUCGUUUAGAAGCGUUAGAUGUGUCUAAAUUAGCGUUAAUGAGACCAGAUGGGCAUCCAGGGCCCUACAUGUACCCGUUUCCUUUUGGUAAUGGGAAACGGGACAGGGUCCCGAAUGACUGUGUUCAUUGGUGUUUACCAGGACCUAUAGAUACAUGGAAUGAGAUUAUGUUGGAUAUAAUGAAAAGAUGGAAUUUUUAAACAAGGUAGAUUACAAUGUAUUAUGUCGAUAUACUUAUAUCAAUACAUGAUCGAGUAUUGCUCUUCAUGAAAAACUGUAUUACAAUCCAAGAAUUUGGUUUUACCAAUGGAUGUACAGAUGUGAGAUGACAUUAUUAAUUAGUUGAUAGUCGAAAAAAGUUCAUGUUAU